AUGGGCCAGAGACAUUCGCAUCGAGACCACAUGGGAAAGCGCGAUGGUGUGCAUGUGGUGUAUGUGACAAUGCCGGCCGAUUUCGAAGGCGAGAUUGGAGGCUUUCAGACGGAUGACCAGUCCACUACGACGCAACGACUGAUGGGCGUCGGUCCGGCUGUUCAGGCCACCCGAACCUCGUCUUCAGAGCAGACGACCCAGACAGAGGAGGCCAAGACGGAAACUACUCAGCAGGAGACGCAUAAGACCAACAAGCAGGCUACGAAGACCGAACAGACCGUUACCCAGCCCUUGGCCACCAAUAAGGGCAAUGCACAGACGCAGACAACUCUUUCAACUGCCACUUCGGAGGGUACGAAGACGGCUGCCACAAACGCCAACAACAACGCCAACAACCAAAUCGCAGCUGCGACUGCUGGCUCUUCAUCCUCCCAGCAAUCGUCUGCUUCGCCAUCCACGUCUGCGGAACCUACCUCUGGUGCUCUUUCUGGUGGUGCAAAGGCAGGAAUUGCAAUUGGUGUAAUUGCCGCGGUUGGCGUGAUCGCCGGGUUGAUUUUCCUGUUCAUGCGCAAGAAGAAGAGCCAGCAAUUGCGAGAGGCUGAGGAUGAAAAGGUGUUUGGCAACCAUGGAGCAUUCCCGCCAGUUUCCCCACCGACCCCAGAACCCGAACAGCCCAGGACCCCAGCAGAACCUCCACAACUGGAUGUCCGGCCCAUUACUCAGUUUGCCCCAUUUGGAGUUGGAAACAGUGACGUUUUGACAGCAGUGACCGCUGCUGGUACUGCCGCAGGGGCGAGUGCAGUUGCUUCGCGCGAUAACCAGUCCCCUCCUCACACACCGCUCACGAGUACUACUACUGGGCCCAGAGACCCGUUUGGCGAUCCGGUGAACCCCUUCCAGAUUCGUAAUGAGCCUCCGUCUCCAGUCGGUACAGCAAGCUCGCACAGUUUGUCCGCCAAAUCAAUCCCCGAAGCGCCCGAAAGUGUACCCGAUGCCACUGAUGCCCCCGGCCCUGCUGUUGCUACCGCUGCUGGAGGGGCUGUCGUCGCCGCCGGUGUCGCCGCCGCCACUGCUGACUCGAACAAGAGCGAAAAGGAACUUCCCGCUCCGCCAGAGGCUGAAAAUGCCGAACGAUCAGCACAGCCUGCCCCAGAUGCUGCGUCCCCUAGUGCUAGUCGACCUCUCGCCCCUCCUGAAGCCAAUCUUUCUCCACCCAAUGUGCCCGCUGCGGCUCCUGUUGUCGCGGCCGCUAAUGCCGCUGGUCCUGCUCCCGGCCCUGGUCCGUUGAAUGUUCAUCGUGUGCAAAUGGAUUUCAGUCCUUCGAUGGAUGAUGAAUUGGGGCUCCGCGUUGGUCAACUGGUUCGAUUGCUUCAUGAAUAUGACGAUGGCUGGGCUCUUUGCGUUCGACUCGAUCGUUCUCAGCAGGGAGUGGCUCCUCGAUCCUGUCUGUCUGCUCACCCGGUCAAGCCUCGUCCCCGUCCGCCUCCCGGUGGUCCGGGUCCUCGCGGCCCUCCAGUAAUGGGACCCAACGGCCGUGUCAUGUCUAGCCAGUCUCCCCGGUUCUAUCCUCAAGAUGGUCGGCCAGGAUCGCCUGCGCGUUCCAUGUUCCCGGCACGCCCUCCCGCUGGAUCCCCUCCACCACUCCAGUACCCACAGCGUCCCAUGUCACCAAGUCAGUUUUCGGAUCCGCGACCGAUGCCUCAGAGAUCCAUGAGCCCCGGACCAUACGGACCUCCAGGUCUUCAGCGCCCCCAAAUGCCUGUCAAUCAGCGGCAGCGAAGCAACAGCGCCAGCAAUGCAGUUGGACCAGCCCCACGACCGGGCGCGGAGCCGAGCCCCCUGUCAGCCCCCUUGACGACAUCUCCGUCGGGGACUCAGAAUGUCCUCUAA